UUCGAAAUAGCGGUGAGACGUAAACGUAGCGCGAUCGCCUGGCCAGAAAGCCUUAAAGGUGUAAAUUGAGAUCCCUCAUUUUGACCUGUGCUGUCCGUUGAGUGUGUGCAGAAAAAGAGGCAAGUUCGCGGCCAUUGUGUGUCCCAGCAAAUCUAUCGAUUCUCGCGAAUUCGGUGCUCCCGCCGCCUUCCUGUUUGGCCCCAAAGUCCGCGGCUAUGAAAUCCGCGGUGUGACAACAGGAAAAGUACAAUUUGCUGGCCAGAGUGGCGAAGUGGCCUGAAAGAGUGGGUUCACACACUGCAAUUUGUGGUUUGCGAUUGAGACACUUUUCGCCACUAAUUCUGGAUAAUAGUCAGACCAGUCCAACUGCGACUUAAUAUUGACCAAAUUAAUAUUUAUGUGUUUUUAAUGAACAAAUUGUGCACUCGUCUCGCCUCAUAAUGCCCUUUUUCCCAAUCAACCACAUCAGUGUCCAUGUGCUGCACGAUCAGUUCCACGCACUCGCCGAUGCAAGAGCUUAAUUGAAUUCUGUUCUUUGCGCGGGAAAGACCGAGUGUCCCCAGAGAUUUGUGCUCUUUUUAGAGUGAGGAAGAACAUCUCCUGGCCUCUGCCGUUGUGUUUUCAGACAGAGCGAGAGAGUGUGUGAGCCCGGAGAGACAUGGAUUUCAACAUUCUCCUCCUGAUUCUUGCACUUGCAGCCGCCGGUGAUGCUUCAACAGAACCAAGCGAGUGCAAGGAAGUGGUGUGUCCCCAGUUGGCCCACAUCGAGUGCCCAGAAGACAGCUAUCCAUCCCUCCUCGAGCCGCCACACUACAUUUCACACCCAGAAGCCCAGCGCGUCCUGGCCAAACGCUCACUCGUGCAGUACCACAAGCGUGAGUCCAUCAAAAUCGUGCCCGGCCACAUUCACCGACGCAGUAUUCCCGAACUGUACGAGCCGCCGACAGAGCACAAUGCCACAGACGCCCUCUUCCGCCUCUGCUGCCCCCAGAAGGUCUGCCUGUGCCACUCGCAAUGCCCUGAGCCCAUCUGCAUCGGGGAUCUGGUGCCGCUGGUGAAGAAUCAGGGCUCACACCGCCCCGGCGACUGUUGCCCCGCCUACCGCUGUGCCCCGCCGCCCAAUUGCACCGCCCUGGAGUCGGGCUUCGAGUGGCGGGAACACUGCAAGUGGUGCAGAUGCGAGGGCGGCGUCAGGGUGUGCCAUGAGGAGGAGUGCGUGAGUGCCACGGCCACGUCCGCCGGACGAGCGCUUAGCUGCUACUCCAGACGCCUGGGCAGGCAUUUUCCCGCUGGCGGGCGGUGGAUGGAUGAUGAGUGCACGCACUGCGAGUGCUCAGUGGAGGGAGAAUCGAUUUGCCAGAUGAGCGUCUGCCGAACGCUGAUGUGCGCGAAGCAGGUGAAGCUGGCCGGAGAGUGCUGCCCGCGCUGUGACAUCCGCAACACUCACUUCUGCGAGGGUCACGAGCACUGCAGCAUGGUGUGCAAACAUGGCUACCAGCGUGACAACAGCACUGAUUGCGAUCUCUGUCGCUGCCACCAAGGCGUCGAGGCGCUGCAUCCCGGCUCGGCUGCGCCCAGCGCCACCACCGCCACGCCCGAGGAGGACCCAAACGGCAGCCAAACGGUGAUCAUCAUCGUGGCGUGCUGCAUCAUCGCGCUGCUCCUGAUGGCGGGCAUCGUGUGGUGGUUCUGCUGGCGGCCGGAGAAGACCUACAAAACUGUGUCCACGGUGGACUCGCGGCAGUCGAGCGAGGGAUCCAAGGGCGUGAUGUCGGGCAAGCCCUUCAAUUGUGAUAUUCUGAGUAUAAAGAUGGAUGUGGAUGGGGACACGACGAAGAAGACGCUGAGGGAACAAAAUGGUGCACUCACGAAUCAGCACAAUUACUCGUAGGUAGAUUUAUGGCCAGAAGAGAAAGAGGACACUUCGAUGGGUUUGAUUGUUGUGCUGAAUGAUUGCAGAGUAAUAAUUUUCGAUUCGACACACAAAGGAUGCAAAGAAAACUCGUCAAACUCACUCGAAUUUACUUCUUCAAUUGCCUGUGAAACGAAAUUCCAAAAUUUCCCGAAGGUUUUGCAUUUGCAAAGUAAUCGUGGAAAGAAAAAGAGAGAUAAGAAGAGGUCUUGAUUAAGAGGUAGAGAUUUUAUUUUAGGUCAAGGAAGAACUUGAGAAAAUACGAAGUGUUAUAUAAAGGCUGCAUUAUAGUUAUUUUGAGAGGCGAAGCGCGAAAAGUGAGGCGACUUGCGGGGGUAAAAGUUAUAAUUUUAGCCAUGUAAGGAAACAAAGGAAGAGCAUCCUAACUUGUAAAAGAACCAUAAAAUAUGAGAUAAAUUCUACCGUAAUGUCUAAGAAAUGCUGUUUUGUGUAGCAUUAAGUGAUGAUGCAAAAAUAUCACGAGUAAAUGUAUUAAAGUUGAUCUUGUAAUAAAGUUACUGUUAAAAAUAAAUACAAGAAAAGAAAACCAUAGAGUAAAAUCUUCAUAAUGAAAAAUAUUUCAUCUCGUUUUGAAUAAUUCUACCUACAUUAAAAGUAAAAUGGAAAUAUUAAUAAAACGAGAUUAUAUGGCUUCCAUUUAUAUAAAAAAAAAUGAAUGUGAAAAAGGAAAACAAAUAUUUCAUCUGUAAAAGAACAACCUUCUAGUAAAUAAAAUCUAAAAAUACUUAGGGUAAGUCAAGUAAACUUGAAAAAAAAAAUUGUUGUUCGUGAAAAAGUACAUCUAAAUGUGAACAGAAAAAAACCCUAAAAAUACUAUUGAAACAUUAAAAUAAAAGUGAAAGAUAGGGAGAAAUGGAAAAGAUUAAAAGAACAUUUGUUACCCACCGAGAAAGCAUAAGUGUUAUUACGAAAAUUAUAAGCAUAAUAAAUAUUGUAUUAAAUAUUAUUUAAAAAUUUUCAAUCUAUCGAAAUCAUUUUGCUUUAUCAUGCGCUUUCUUUCCUAUAUAUACAUAUGAAAAAAAAACACUUUCUGUGACAUCAAAUACAGGGCAAAAGUUAUAUUUUAUCUCAUUUAACUGAAACUGGAUGAAAUGGAGAGAAAAAACAACGAAUUCUCAAGCACUAAAUUCAAUCAAUUUUUAAUUAUUUUUCAAUCUCUUCCUCAGAUAUCAAACCGUAUAAAUUAUAAUAUCCAAUUGCCAUGGAAUAAAAAAAAUAUGAAUACAAAAUACAUUUAAUUAUCUUGUAUUUCACAUCGAUAUAUAUUAAUCUAUUUUUGUGAUAAGCCCCAUAAAAUAUUUAUAAUUGUGUCCACUGCGAAAAGCUCGAUUGAGAAAAAUUGAAUGUGGUGAAAAUGCAAAUUCGCGGAAAUCAUAUUGCAUAUUUUUGGGUUUUCCUCUUGUCAUUUUCUACAAUAUCCUAUUUGCAGACACACUGAGGAAGUAAUAAACUGUAUUUACAAUGAGUAAAAUAAUGAUAGUGAAAAUAUACAAAAAAAAAGAUGAGCAGAAUGUAAAAUUGUAUUGCUUUGUAUGUACAUAAUGAAUUAUACUGCAUAUUGAAUAAAAAUGUAUAAAAGUA